AUGGAAGCCUCAGACAGUCAAUUCCGCGCUACGGGUGCCGGAUUCCCCGACGUGAUGAAUGACCCGGCUUACGAUGAAAGGGAAAAGGGAUUUGACGAUCUGGAUACCUGCCGCAUUUGCCAUGGCGAAGCAACGGACGAGGAGCCGCUUUUCUACCCGUGCAAAUGUAGCGGCAGCAUAAAGUUCGUUCACCAGAUAUGUCUGGUUGAGUGGUUAUCGCAUUCGCAGAAGAAACACUGCGAGCUUUGCAAGACGCCGUUCCGCUUUACCAAACUCUAUGACCCGAACAUGCCCCAGAGCCUCCCCGCUCCUCUAUUCGCGAAGCAAGCGUUGAUACAAUGUUUCCGGAGUGUGGUUACUUGGCUGCGAUUUCUUCUUGUCGCCUUCGUCUGGCUGGGAUGGCUGCCGUGGUCAAUGCGCGCAAUCUGGCGGGCCCUCUUCUGGCUUGCUGAUGGCCGCUGGUCUGCGAGCGAAAGUGCUCGAAGCCAAGCUGCGCAAACUGCUCAAGAAGGUCUUGGGCAACUGUUUUCGAACGGUAGCGUGACAAAUGCUGCCGUGGUCGACUCGGUCAGCCCGACGGUCUCUAAUGCAGCUAUCUCGUCUGCAACCGCUGCCCCCACUACGCAAUCAUCGAUUCUCAAUUUCGCUGCUGGUGAGCCGCUCAUGCUCACUCUCAUCAAAAAAGUGAUCCCCAACUUGUUCAUGCCCGCCUUUACCUCCUCCGUCGGGCAGGGUAACACACCAAACAACUCAACGGCCGGCUCAAGCAAGCCCCGCUACCCAUCAUGGCUGUCGGACGUAAAAUUCCUUAACAACUUGACACCCUAUCCUACGAUUAAUAACAUGAUCAUCGACACAUUAGAAGGCCAGCUUAUCACUCUGCUUGUGGUCGUUGCCUUUAUUCUACUCUUCCUGAUCCGUGAAUGGGUUGUUCAACAACAACCUAUGGCCAAUAUUGCUGAAGGGGAGCGCGAGGCUGCCCUACAACUGAUUGCAAACAAUAGGCCGAAUGAGGAAGCCGAGAUGAGACAGCAAGAGCCGGCUCCCGCUCACCAAGAAGACGAUAACGCUGCAGAUUUCGGGCCUCAUGGCUUGGAUGAAGAAGAAUUGCCUCGUUUCGCACCUCAUUCUCCAGCUCCCUCCUGGAGUGAUUCUGAUACCGGCCACCCUGAUUUUGAGACAUUUGAUAGGGAGUUACAGCCAAUGGAGUUUGACAACUCAGAGGAUGAAGGUGAAGAUUUUGCCCCCGGUCGUCGCGCCGAGGCUUUCCGAGAUAUAUUGGCUCGUGCUGGUGGGGACCAUGAAGAAAUGCUACGCAUUAUCCGCGACGAAACUCAAGGAGAUGAUUUGGACUGGAUUGCAAACGCAGUGACCGCAAUCAAUCCCAACCAGCAGCCAGCACAAGAAGCCGGGCCUUCUAAUCGUCCCGACAACGCCAACGCAACAGAAAUUCCAGAGCUUCCAGAAUUCGUCAACAGCGGGAAUGCGCAUGUCGACGGUCAUCAACCCGACACCACUACCGGCCAGACCCCGGAUAAUGCACCGCCAAGUACACGCGAUACUGCUCCUGCUUUCAAUAGGCAAGCGGAUAAUCAACCCCCACAGGGACUCACUGAGCGGCUCAUUGAUUGGUUUUGGGGAGACAUUACACCUGCAGAUCACGACAGGGAAGAGCCAGUUCCUGAAGACGAUGAGCACAUUGUUCAGGAUCCGGCUUUGGAAGACCCAUUCGUACCCUUACCGAACCGGAUGGAAGGCGCACUAGCAGGUGCUGGCGCGGCUGGGGAUUUGGACGCUGGAUUGGAUCCUAAUGAUAUGGAAGCAAUUGAAGGGGAUGAUUUCGAAGGAAUUAUGGACCUUAUUGGCAUGCAGGGCCCUAUCUUUGGACUUUUUCAAAAUGGCGUCUUCUGUGCCCUUCUCAUUGCCUUCACAGUCGCCAUCGGUAUCUGGCUUCCUUACUUAUGGGGGAAAAUAGCCCUCGUCUUGUUGGCCAACCCCCUUGAACUCAUCGUCGGUGUUCCUAUCACUGCUGUCGAAGUCGUCGCAGAUAUCGCUCUCGAUACCCUUAUCGGUGUCGUAGGAUAUGUCAUGUACUGGCUCAGCUUCGCUUUUAGGGUCUUGCUGAGUCCUCUGAGCACUGUCAUUCCCAUUGGGGAAUGGAUGCCUCGGGACAAGUCAGUCACCAGUGCAUCGCUUUCCCUCAUCGAUGCAAGCAGCCAGCGUCUGAACAAGGUGCUCAAAGCGUUUUUGGUCUUCCACGAGUCUGAUAUACCAAUGUUCUCGGUGCUUUCCCAUCAGGCGCUUAAACUACACCAAGCUCGCCUCAUCGCAUUGUUCCAAACCAUCUUUGCCACCGUGAAGUUCAUUUUGCAUGACUUCCCACUCCGCGUUGUGACUUUCGGGAUCCCGGGUGCAUUGUCCUUCGAUAUCGAUCUUUCUUAUUUCAAUGGAUUCCUUCAACAGGCACAGCAGCAGUUCAGCAGUUUUAUCAGAUCCCCUCUGUUCUCCAUGCCAGGGAAGAGGUUGAUGAAUGCAAGUGCGGCAAAAGCAGCCUCUGCGACAGUGCCGGUUGAUUAUGACUUGGCCGUCUGGGACUCCAAGGAUCGUGUCAUUGCUAUCUUGAUGGGGUACCUGCUUGCCUCCUUGAUCGGGCUUCUCUAUCUCCGUAUCACCGGGCUGAUGGCUGGUGCCAAUCGCGGACAACGGAUUGAGGGUCUGCUUGCCGAGGUGCUGAUCCAAGCUGGGGGAGUCAUGAAAGUGAUCCUCAUCAUUGGCAUCGAGAUGAUUGUUUUCCCCUUGUAUUGUGGUAGUCUCCUUGAUCUUGCUCUGCUCCCCCUCUUCUCCAAUGCUACGGUGAGCUCUCGGAUUGCUUUCACGGCUGCGUCUCCGCUCACAUCCCUCUUCGUCCACUGGUUCGUUGGCACUUGCUACAUGUUCCAUUUCGCCCUGUUUGUGUCUAUGUGCCGAAAGAUUCUGAGGAGCGGUGUUCUUUACUUCAUCCGUGACCCCGAUGAUCCGACCUUCCACCCAAUCCGCGAUGUUCUCGAGCGCAGUAUCGCUACUCAGCUUCGUAAGAUUGGAUUUAGUGCUCUUGUCUAUGGUGCCUUGGUCAUCGUUUGUCUUGGCGGCGUUGUCUGGGGACUGCACUUUGCACUCGACGGCGUGCUCCCAAUCCAUUGGUCGGCUAGUGCUCCUAUGCUCGAAUUCCCAGUCGACCUGUUAUUCUACAACUUCGUGUUACCAAUGGCGAUUCAAUCAUUCAAGCCCUCAGAUGGGUUACAUGAUUUGUAUGACUGGUGGUUCCACAAGUGUGCCCACUUCCUGCGUCUCAGCAACUUUUUCUUCCCUGAGCGACACCUAGAGGAAGAGGGCUAUCAUGUUCGGCAGACUUGGUGGGGCCUUCUCUCCGGAAGCAAGGGGGACUGGGAACACCCUGUUAUCGGCGAUGAGCAACAGGCUGCUGCAGAACGGGAAAACCGUGACGUUUACUUCCUGCGCGAUGGUCGAUAUGUGCGUGCCCCUGCUUCCGAUCAGGUCCGCAUCCCGAAAGGCACCCGCGUUUUCCUGGAAGUCACCGAGGAUAAUGAGCGCGUUGAUAGGAAAGUUGAUCCUGCUGAUGGGCUACAUGGUCGAUCCAGCACCAUGUUCACCAAAGUCUACAUCCCUCCUUCUUUCCGAACUCGGAUCGCUGCCUUCAUCGUGCUCAUCUGGCUGUUUGCCGCCACCACUGGAGUAGGCAUCACCAUUAUCCCGUUGAUCAUUGGUCGGAAGAUUAUCACGUCGUACUCUUCCAGUCCAGUUCCGGUGAACGAUGUUUACGCUUUUUCCAGUGGUCUCUGCGUGGUCGGUGCGUUUGCCUACCUAGCCUAUCACACCCGCACUGCAUUCCAGCUUGUGCGAGACCAUACGACAGCAUAUCUCCGUUCUCCUCGCCAAGCAGGCCAGAAUAGCUUGGACCUCGUGAUGCAUGUUGUUCAACUUCUUUACCUCGCUACAGUUGCUGUUGUCUUGCUCCCGUCGCUCUUUGCCCUUCUGACUGAAUUGUACAUCCUCAUCCCAGCACACACCCUUUUCGGUGAUGGACAGUCGCAUGUUGUUCAUGUUGUUCAAGAUUGGGCACUUGGGGUGCUGUACGUCCAGAUGGCCAUCAAAUUGACUGUAUGGCAGCCACAAUCUUGGGCAGCUGCCGCUCUCAAUGGAAUUUUCCAAAAUGGUUGGCUAAAGCCCAAUGUCAAGCUUGCCACCCGGGCUCUGGUUCUGCCGAUUAUCAUCCUUACAACUGCAGCAAUCGUCUUUCCCCUGUCUUUCGGGUUCAUCGCCCGUUGGACCGUGUUCUACACACACGAUGUGCAGCCUAAUAUCUACCGUUAUGCCUACCCCAUUACGCUCCUCAUUCUACUGUCUGUGUGGGCAAUCAAUUUGCUGCUGCAUAGAGUGGCAAUCUGGCGCACUAAUAUUCGUGAUGAAGUCUAUCUCAUUGGGGAACGGUUGCAUAAUUUCAGCGAGAAACGUGCGCGAGAUGUCGGUGUAUCGCGUCGGGUUAUGACAGGAUGA